AUGCAUGCGCCGGUGCGGAGGUGGAGGUGGAAGUGGUCGACAAGGCCAAACAAGCGCGAAGCCCCACAGGCCAAGGAUGCCCAGAAGGAAGCAUCAAUCGCUGACCUUGAGGCAAAACUUGCCUCUGCCAAACAGACCAUCGAAGAGCUACAGGCGACUGCAGUGGCCUCCGAUAUCAAAGAGAGAGAGAGAGAGAGCCGGAACGCUCUUGCUAUGCUCGAGGCUUCUCUAGAGGCCAAGGAGAAGGCCGCAUUGGCCCAACAGCAUAUCCAGGCCACUCAGCUAGCCUUGAAGGCCAAGUGCGGCAAUAUUGAAGAGCGUAAGGAUGCUCGUGCUGCGCUCAAGCUGGUACCCUGGAAGGCCUCGAAACCUCCCUCGAAUUGA